UCCUGUAGACCGAGGACAAAGUUCUGAGAGAUUCUUUCGUACGUGCUCGUUCUCGAGCAAAUGUGUCGUGGUUGAUCGUUCGAAACUGUAAUUACAAGUAUAAUAAGGGAUUUCUUGUUCAAGUGAUAGAAAACUGGAUGCACUCAAUGCCACUUGUUCGACAAGUGUAAACAUGAUUCCCGCGCAUUGACGUAUGCACCGGAUCGCGAGUGCAGCUUGCACUCAGCUGUGAAUUCGAGAGAGAAAAAAAGAGUGAGAGCAAAGAGGCAUGUUGAAGCACGUGUCGGUCUCGCCGUGGAGAGGGCGAGCAGACAGCGUGAGUUUAGCCUCGAGCGGGGGUGCAAGUAGCUGCGGAAGCGGAAGUCCAACCCCUGGUCACACGCCACCGCCUUCGAGAGCGUCCUCUUGCGCUUCUCUGGCACCCUUGACGGCACUUUCGAGCUUCUCGCCGGCCGACGCGACGCCACAACAGACGACCAUAAAGGUGUACGCGAACUGUCUGCGGCCAGACAUCGAGUACAAGACUCUGAGCAUCACAUACGAGACGACAUGUCGCGAGAUCGUCCAGAACCUAUUGAACAAGUACCGCAUGAGGCACCGUGACCCAAGGCUGUUCUACCUCACCAUGGAGGUUACCGUAAGAAGAGCAAACGUGAGGACAGUUCUGCCUCUGGACGAGGACGCGAGGCCUGCCGUUUUGCAAUCGUGUCAUCCUCGUGGCGAUUCCAGAUUCUCCUUGCAGACACGUCGUGGCGGACUUGUCAAAAUAUACGACAGCGCGCUCAUGUCCGGAUCAAAGUACAAGAGCCUAUUGGUCUCCGAGCAGACCACCGUGGACGAACUUAUCCAGAUGCUGUUGAGCUGCUACAGCUCCAAGGAACGCGUCGAACAGUUCUCCCUGUACGAGGUCUGCGAAGGCGAGGAGUACCAAAGGAAGUUGCAUCCUGACGACUCACCCCUUAAGGUCACGCAACGAUGGUCCAGCAUCGACCGCCAUCUUCGUAUAAGGCGCAACCCUGACUACAAUCCUCACAGAAGAAAAAGUAUGUGGGCGUCGGACUCGAGCAUCAGCAUGGCUAUGUCAAGACUGAACCUCCACGCUGGCCAUCAGCAGCACUACGUCCAGGACAAUAACAACCAUCUGUCCAUGUACCAACACAAAGACAGCAAUUCGAUGAACAACAACAACAGCAUACACAAAGUGGACCAGCAUCAUCUGUCGAUGGGCUCUCUGAAUCAACAAGCUAGAAUCGUGGUGCCUCAUACGAGUCAGCUGCCGCAAUUGCAGGUUCCGAGGGUGCAACAACUGCCUCAGAGCGUACCUUCGACACCGUUGUCCUCGAAACACAUCACCGCUUCCUCGUACGCGGACUAUGAGAACUACUUGUUCAUCUAAGAACGUCGAACUAUCGAUCGUGCUUCGUGCAGAUUGAAAAAGAGGCAGAGAAUCGGUGAAGUUUGAUGAGUAGAGGUGUGAGGGAGUGUAAUUUGAAGUAUGGGAAGGAUCGAGGGUAACUUAACACUUUCGAACUCUUGGAAGAGGUGUCUCGCGAAGGGAUUUUUGGCUAUUUGAUUUUUUGAUAGAUAG